CUACGCACCUAAGCGGAACGUAUCGAGUCGAAUACUAACCGAGCGGCACGGGGGCGUGUGCAGGCGACGCUGGAGGAGCUGCAGGCGGUGCACGGGGCGGCGCACGUGCUGGCGCUGGCGGGGCGCGCGCGCGAGCGGCUGGCGGGGGCGGGGGCGGGCGUGGGGGCGGGCGCGGGGGCGGGCGAGGCGGGCGCGGGGGCGCCGGCGCUGGUGCGGCUGCCGUGCGGGGGCGUGGGCGUGGACGCGGACACGGCGUGGGCCGAGCACACGCCCGCGGCCGCGCGCGCCGCCGCCGGGGCCGUGCUGGACCUGGCGCUGCGCACCGCGCGCGGGGACCUCGCCAACGGGUUCGCCGUAGUUCGGCCCCCGGGGCACCACGCGGAGACCAACCAGGCGAUGGGGUUCUGCUUCUUCAACUCCGUCGCCAUCGCCGCCCGCCUGCUGCACACCAGGCUCGGCCUGCAGCGGAUACUCAUCGUCGACUGGGACGUGCACCACGGCAACGGCACGCAGCAGAUAUUCUACGAGGACCCGCACGUGCUGUACAUCAGCAUCCACCGGCACGACGACGGCAACUUCUUCCCGGGCACGGGCGCGGCCACCGAGUGCGGCGCGGGGCCCGGCCUCGGCUACAACGUCAACGUGGCCUGGAACGCGGGCACCGAGCCCCCCCUCGCCGACCCCGAGUACCUGGCCGCCUUCCGCUCCAUAGUCAUGCCCAUAGCCAAGGAGUACGACCCCGAGAUCGUGCUGGUGUCGUGCGGCUUCGACGCGGCGGCGGGGCACCCCGCCCCCCUGGGGGGCUACCAGGUCUCCCCCGCCUGCUUCGCGCACAUGACCAGGGACCUCAUGACGCUCGCCAACGGAAAGGUGGUGCUCUCGCUGGAGGGCGGGUACGACCUGCCCGCGGUGUGCGACUGCGCGCAGGAGUGCGUGCGCGCGCUGCUGGGGGAGCGGCCCCCCGCGCCCCCCCUGCCCCACCUCGCGCGCGCCCCGUUGCCGCGCGCCCAGCACGCGCUGCGCGCCGCCGCCGCCAUACAGGCGCACCACUGGCCCGUGGUACGUACCCCUCCCGCCCUCCCGCUGCCGGGGGCGGCCCCCCGCGCCCCCCCUGCCCCACCUCGCGCGCGCCCCGUUGCCGCGCGCCCAGCACGCGCUGCGCGCCGCCGCCGCCAUACAGGCGCACCACUGGCCCGUGGUGAAGCGUUACACGGAGCUGAUCGGUCUGUCUGCGCUGGAGGCGUCCCCCGCAUGCGGGCGGCGGCUGCAGACGGAGCGCGAGGCGGCCGACGCGGCCGACACCGCCGCCGCCAUGGCCACGCUGUCCAUGACGCACGCGCCGCCGCUCGCCAGGUCGUCGGAGAGCUCGCGGUCGGUGUCGGAGGAGCCGAUGGAGCAGGACGAGGGCAAGUGAGGCGCCCCGCGGCCGCCCCCGCGCCCCCCCGGGCCCCGCCCCCGCCCCCGCCCCCGCGUACGGCACAUUCCAGCGGCCGCGCCCGCGCCGCCGAGUGCGUAAUCCCGACGCGCUAUAUGUAUAUUUCGUGA